UCCACGCUCACGCAAAAACGCACAUCCAAGCGAGUCACACACAUACACACACAUUCCACCGGUGACUCUGUAGUCAUCGCUUUGCUUCCAGAUACCGACGUGCUUUUGGAUUUAGCAGCCGGUGCGUCCUUUCAGCGAUGGUGUAAGGAGCUGCCAGAGGCAACUGGAGUUAAUGUGAGACCACUUAUACAGAGAUGUUAGCAUCAACUCUACAAUGAUGGGGAUUUAAAGGAGGGGUCCACCUGAAAACUAAAAGGGACAGAGCCCCGAGGCUCUGGAACGACCUGCCCAAGGAAAUCAGAGUCUGUAGCUCUCUGCUCAGGGACAGUCUUCUGCAGCCCUUCUGUGAUCACAGGCCUACCUGGCAUUUCUCAUCCAUAUCCUUCUUCUUUCCAUUCACCCAUCUUUCCCCGUUAUGAAAGGCCUGUCCAGUAGCCGGGGUCACCAUCAUGUGGUCUCCUAUGAACCAUCAUAUGAUCCACUGGGUCACCAUGUUGACCGCAAGCCAUAUUUGAUCAGUCAGAUGGACAUGCCUGUGCCCAUUCCCAUGCCACAUCCAGCUGAGCUGCCCUACUACAAUGCUCAGCGUACCUCAUACCCCUCUGACAGCAACAGCAUCGUCCCAUAUGGAACCUUCCCCAGGAGGUGCCACUCUACCUCCUCAUCUCACCAUCCUGAGGUAAAGGAUGAGUGUAUGGCCAUGGUACCAUAUGUAGGAGGAGGAGGAGGAGGUGGUGGUGGAGGAGGAGGAGGUGGAGGAGGCUAUGGGGGUAAAACACCCACUCGGGUACCAGCAAACUUUGUGGACCCGUUUGAACGUCAGCCAUCAUUUUCCAGAGAUGGCUACCAUACAUUGCAAUACAAACGAGGGGUGCAGGCCCACAGUGGGGGGAUGGGGGCCAACAACAACAAUGACAGUCCAGGGAGAAUUCGCCAUCUUGUCCACUCAGUCCAGAAACUCUUCACCAAGUCACAUUCAUUGGAAGGGCCACACCACACACAGUCCUCCAAGGGGGCCAAUAAUGGGAGUGUUAAUGGUGGUGGUGGUGGCGGUGGAGGAGGUGGUGGUGGUGGCUCGAGGGCCAGCCCAGAAGGUGAAACUCCACCAGUGGGAGUGCGCCAUCGGAAACGCAGUAAGAGCCGUGAGCGCUGUAGAUCAGCAGAGCCCAAGCAUCGAAGCCACCACCACCACCACCACCAGCUCCACGGCUCAGCAUCUGCUCCAGGCUCUGGAUACUGGAGCUCAGAUGACAACCUGGAACGGGAGCUGUGUCUCUACCACCCUCACCACCACCAACCUCCACCCUCACCCUCCCCCUCCAUUUCCCCCUCGCCUAUUGCCAUGACAAUAAGCCGGUAUCCCGGCAACAACCCAGACAAGUUCCCCCAGACUCCCCUCCCCAGUCUCUCCUCCUCGCAGUCCCAGCAGUACUUCAUGAUGGACCCUUACGGCACACUAAACGAGCACACACACACCCACGCACACCAUGGCCACACACACCACCAUUCUGCACUCAAAGCCUCCUGGAGCAACAACGAUGUGAAGUAUGCAGCGUCGACAGCAUGUGUGCCAAUUAGUGGUAGCAGCAAUAACAGCGGUGGCGGUAUCGGUGGAGGAAGUGGCUCCUUGCUUCCAGUGGGUCUUGUGGACGGGCCCCUUGUGAAGAAAGGGCCAUGGUCAUCAAGCCUAACGGUGAGCAGGGCCCGAGAGGUCUACACCAACAACAGCAGCCACAACCAGCCACGAGCCAGCGCAGGAUCCGGUAACCUAAACCUAGAUAGAGCUCUAGUCAAAUCUAAGGGCAGUCAGCAGCAGGAGCGCGCUUGCCAUUUCUUACAGGUACCUCAGGAUGAAUGGAGCAGCUUCUCUCCUCUAGGGAAGGAAGAUGACAUCCCCUGUCGGAGGAUGAGAAGCGGCAGCUAUGUGAAAGCCAUGGCUGAGGAUGACAGCGGAGAUUCUGAUGGAAGUCCCAAGCCCUCUCCCAAGAUCCAAGCUCGGCGGGCCAGCUACCUGAAAGCCACACAGCCAUCACUGACUGAGAUGACCACUCUACAGAUUUCAGCUGAGCACUCCCCCAAACUGCAGAUCAGGAGCCACAGUUACCUGCGUGCGGUGAGUGAGGUUUCAAUCAAUAGAAGCCUGGACACCCUGGACCCCAAAACCCUCCUCGACCCCAAAUCACUGCUGUCCUCACCCCAAUACCGCUCACGCAAUGAAAGCUACAUGAGAGCCAUGAGCACCAUCAGUCAGCUGAGUGAGGUGGAAGUAAAUGGGCAGAUUGAGCAGGUGUGUGAGCAGGUGUACAGUGAGAUGCAGUCUCAGGCCAUGGAGGCUGCCAUGGACAGCAUGGACACCAUGGACACACUGCCUAUGCCGGGAUGCUUCCGGAUGCGGAGCCACAGCUAUGUAAGAGCGAUUGACCAGGGCUGUGGGGAGGAGGAAGGAGAAGGAGGGAGACCACUGCUUCUGUUACCGUCCUCCCCACCACGUACAUCUGCAACCACCGUCAGGACCAUCCAGAGCAGCACGGUUUCAUCUUGCAUCACCACUUACAAGAAAACUCCUCCUCCAGUGCCACCCAGAACUUCAACCUGCUCCACAGCCUCCAAGCCAUACAUCUCCAUUACAGCCCAGAGCAGCACAGAGUCUGCACAGGAUGCCUACAUGGAAGAAGAGGGACCUAGAGGUGACAUGACCAUCCAAUCAGGGCUCAGUAACUCCACAGAAAGCAUUGACAGCAUGAAGGCCUUGACAGCUGCCAUAGAGGCUGCUAAUGCUCAGGUCCACGGACCAGCCAGUCAGCAUGUCAACAAUAGCACCAUGACAGUCAACACCACCAUCCCCUCAAUCCUGAGCAGGGGGCAAGUAGUUGAAGACCACCGGGAUGAUUAUAGGAAAGAUGCGUUCAGGAAGGGAAAAUGUCUCUCCAUAGGCAUCCAGGUUGACGGACCAGAGGAUGUUCCGGAUCCAGAGGACCCCUCCAAGUUCACCUCUGUAGGUGUGCAAGUGGAAGAUGACAGAGGGUAUCGUCGGUUCCAGCGCUCCAAUAGUGUGACAGCAGCUGUGCAGGCAGAUCUGGACAUGCCAGACCUACUAGACACACCUAUAAACUCCCCGGACACUGACAUGGAAAUACUGUCAUCUCGUGCCAUCCCUCGGCAAUAUUCCCGCGAUGCCACCACUUCCACCGUCAGCAUCCAGGGCUCAGGGAACCACUACCAUGCCUGUGCCUCUGAUGACUAUGAGGAUGUGGGCUUUGACCCAUCCAUCCUUCCCCCUCCAGACCCAUGGAUAGACAGUGUAACAGAUGACCAACUUGAUGUCAGUUUCAACAGUUCUGCUAUACUGGAGGUGGUGCAGAGAUCAGUUUGCCAGAGAGACGGACGGUGGUUUCUGAAGCUGCUGCAGGCUGAAACCGACCGCAUGGAAGGCUGGUGUCGACAGAUGGAACUCGACCAGCGGGAGAAUGACCUGCCUGAGGACAUCCUAGAGAAGAUGAGAAGUGCUAUGGGAAGUGCUCAGCUUCUGAUGUCCCAGAAGUUUGAGCAGUUCAGGGAGCUGUGUGAGGAGAACCUGAACCCCAAAGCCCACCCUCGUCCAGUAGCCUCAGAUCUGGCCGGUUUUUGGGAUAUGCUUCAGUUGUCAAUCGAGAACAUAAGCCUCAAAUUUGAUGAGCUUCACCAGCUCAGAGCCAACAACUGGCGGCCCUUGGAUCCCCCAGACAGAAAGGAAAGGCGGCUCCCACCUCCAGUGCCAAAAAAGCCACCCAAGGGGCCCCAUCAUCACCCCCCUCUGGCCAGAGACCGCUCACUGGAAAGCUCAGAGAAACAGCGGCAGGAGGCCAGGAAGCGCCUGAUGGCCGCCAAGAGAGCAGCAUCUGUACGACAAAACUCAGCUACAGAGAGCGCUGACAGCAUCGAGAUCUACAUCCCUGAGGCUCAGACAAGGCUAUGAGGACACUGCCAGAGCCACACAGGGUUGACACGCAGUACACACCAUUCACACAGAACACAACAAAUGUAUGGUUGUCCACACAAAGGAAAAGGGUUUAGACGCAUCUGGAUAUAUUAUUUCAUUAUGCACAAUGCACUCUGAGGAUAAAUAGAGCUGGAACAUUGAUGGAACAUGUGCCCUUUCCCAAUGCUCACCUGUCUCCUGACUGAUUUAGUUACCUGUAAAUGUAACCAUGCUUCCUCUGGAUCCAAACUCAUGGUCCACAUGGUCCAAACUCGGUCAUGUUUAAACAUUCUUUACAGCAGCUACAUGGCAGACACCCCAAAAUUGGUUUUAAAAUUUCAGUUUAUAUUCAUCAGUUUUCACAGAGUGAGUGUAUAGUAGGGAACACUCUCCUGACUGGAGUUUCACAGGUGGGAUCUAUCUCAUAAUCAGGUGUUGAACCAUAACACGAGUUUGACUUAACAAGUUUACAUAUCUACAGAGGAAGCAGGUCUUCUUCCACGGGGUAUAGCACGUUCAUGCACUGUCUAUAAAUGAGUGGCUGUGCUUUCCAGGUCACAAAAAUGAAAUCAGCCAACCUAAUCUUUAGCUCCACUAGACUCGUGUUCAAAAUGUGUCAACUCCUCUCAUUAAAUCCCUUAAAUAAAUUUCUCCAAAAGUUAUCAUGGUAUAUUAGCUAAUUUUAUCACUUUUGAAAGGACUUGCUGAAUCAGGUAGUUCAUAUUAGGCCUCACACAGACACUUGCUCAAAUACGAUCACUCCUGACUCCAAAGUAACAAAGGUGGUGAUUGGUUUCAUAAGGGUAGCCCAAAAUCCAGUGGGUGAAGUAACUGUGGUUAUGCUGUUUGUUGCCAUGUUGCAUUGCAAUAGUAACCAGGGACAGAAAAACUCAUUCUAGCACCUUUUAUGUUUUUUACUUGUGUUUUUGUAGCCUCUGUAGAUCCCACACAGGAGACAGGAAGGCAUGGGGUCAGAUCCCUGAAAUCUGCACCGCUGAAUGGUGACGCUAUGAAAUCCAAACAUUCAUUCUUUUAAUUGUUUGGGAUUAUCAGCUGAACAGAUUUGGUCAGAUCAUACAGGUGUCUUUUAAAUGCCUUUUUAACUUGUACAAAUGAGUACUGCACAGAAGUGAUGGACAAUCUUACAUAAACACACAGAAGUAAUAAUAAUCUUGUGUGACAUGAAAAUACUUCACAUGCCACUCAUACAUAAUGAACACAUGAGUGCUCACAGGCAAUUUCUUUGGUCUUGUGGCUGAAUGAACACUGCAGACUGGUGUCGUAUAAAACAGCGUAUCACUCCCCCCUCUGGAGAAUGCCGUGAUCACGAUUGUUCAUCUUCCUCUCCAUCUCCACGUAAUUAUCAACUAGUAUUUCCUUCCUCUAGAUGAACCCUCUUAAAAAUGACUGAAAUGGUUUAAGAAGAUCUCUGUUAUUUUGCAAAUUUCAAUACAAUUUUAUAGUUUGGACAUCCUUCAGUGGACAAACAGAGACAGAGACACUGCUAACACAAGCCUUCAGACAACUUCACUGGAGCUUUUCCAUAUUUGAGUAGUUUCAAGCCUGUCUGACAUGGUUGCUCUGUCUCUGCAGUUCAAUGCUGUGCUGACCAAAACAACAACAAAAAAACCAACUUAUAAAUAAACAGAAUUUUAUUUUAAUGCUUCUUGUGUAAGCAGAAAGCCUUCACAUGAAUUAUUAAGUGCUCAUACUGUCAGAAAGGCAGCAGUGUGUCAUAAAAGUGUUUGUAUCACCACCUGUGCACAGGUUUGCAAAUCCUCCUUUUCUUUGGUUUGACUUUAGUUUGUUUCUCCUUGUUGGCUUUCAAGGUGAUUUGUCUUUUACCAGGUACUGAAACAGUGUUGGGCAGAGUGCAUUGAUGGUGCUGAGAGAGAUACAGUACAUACAGUUGUGGUCAGACGUUUACUGACACUCAUCAUGGGCAUGAAUAUCACAGUAAUUUGGGGCUUUUACUCAUUUCUUUUAACUGUUCUUUUUCCAGGGUGGCCCGUGCCACAUACAUCUUUAAUGGACUUAAAAAACAAGUUUGAGUUUAUUUUGGAUUUUCUUUCAUCCACACAGGGUCAAAAUUAUACAUGCAACCUCAAACGCGUACUCCUACGUGUUAUUUGGUUAAAUGUCCCCUUAGCAAGCUGCACCUCGACCAGACGCUUUUGGUACUCAUAAACAAUGUUUGAUGAUGUUUGAGUACUGCUCUUGGCAGAAUUGGAAAAGUUCAUUUAAAUGAGUUAAUCAGUUAGUCCACACAUUUACAGUAGGGUUCGAGUCCAGGGAUUUGGGAAGACCAUUCCAGAAUCUUAAUGUUUUCCUGCUUUAUCUAUUCCAAAAAGUUUUGAUUUGUGUUUGGGAUCAUUGUCUUUUUUUCACCCAUCUAGCUGUUGGUUCGAGUUGAAGUUGAGGUUUGGAGGUUGUCCUCCAUUAUUCCAUCCACUUUGUGCAAUGUACCACUGGCAGCAUGAUGCUGCCACCACCAAAUCAAAUCAAA